AUGGCCAGACGUGGCAAAAAGAAAAGGGAGGGAGGAGAGAAGAAGGAAACAACAAUAAUAGGGCGGCGGCGAAGGUCAACCGCCAGUCAGUGUCAGGCUCACGGGUGGGAUACAGACGAACCCCAAAAGGACCGGGACGGUGGGAUCCCGUAUCGCUUUUAUAACGGCGCCUGGCACGUCGAGAAGAAGAGCGCAAGAGCACCCGAAAAGAUUAGCGGAUCCCAGAGUUUUUCAAGGAUUUAUGGCGCCGGCAAGCUGGUGAUGGCACCGGUGUCAGGUCACGUGAAUGUUGGAAUUUCGCCUUCUUCCGCCAGAUUCUGGGAAAGCUUAAACAAAACAGCCACCCGCCAUCACCAACCACUGUUUCUGUGGACGAGCCAAAGGAUUGAUUCCCCACCUCUAGCGGAGGAACAGUGUUUGCAAUGA